GUCAAGCGCAAAGCUUUGUGUUGAAAUUGCUGCAGAUUUGCAGCUUUUUUCGUUUAUAUUUAGUCGUGUAUUGAGUUCAAAGUGAUAGCAAGUUUAUUACGAAAUUUUUUAGUUAUUGCGUGUAUUUAAAUAAUACGCGAAAAAUACAUAAAUGCUCCGUAGUGGUGAUAAAUGUAAUAAAAGCCGAGCCAUAUAGUCCAAUGACUAGUCGUGAUUUUUAGGUAGUUGAUGUAAAAGACGCUUUCAUUGAAUGUUUUAAAAUAAUUAAUUCUUUGUUUUUUUAUUGGAUAUUACUAAUUUUGUUAAUUAGAAAGAAGAAUUUUGUUUUCUAUGAAAACAAUUUGCACCUCUUUGCAAGUUAAAGGAAUAUAUUCAUCUUUACGUUUUACGAUUGAAGUCACGAGUUUUAUAAGGAUUAUAUACUGUUAAAAAACAAGCUUAUGACUGGCGUGAAAUAAUGAUGAAUAUGAAGAUGAAUUGUUAACCCUAACCUCAAUUGUUUCCAAAUUCAAGACGGCGCAAAGGGACCAGAGUAGCCGUAACGAAACUGGAUAUAUCACAAAUUUAUUAAAUUCUUUCAAUUUGUCUAGUAACGUGCCUGUGAAUAAUCUGUCAAGGUGGAGAGAGGAGUCAAGUAGUCAAGAAACUUAUAGUGCCAGCAAAAGACUAGGUUUUAGUUGGGGAGGGAUGCCUCGCAGUAAGCGAAGAGCGCCCUCCAGUACAAAUCAUAAUUCUAGGGAAAUGUCACCUAGUGCUCAGGAAGAUGGUAUGCCAAGGCAUCCUUCGAAAAGACUCAGACAUACCUCUAAUGCUAGGCGUUAUUCAAAAACAGAAGAUGUCACAAGUACGUCAUUUUCACAAAAAAAAUGCAUUGCAUGGUUCAGGGAGUAUACAACACCAGAUGAUCCCGAUACACUUGGUCCAGAUGGAAUGGAAAAGUUUUGUGAAGAUAUUGCCGUAGAACCAGAAAAUGUAGUGAUGCUGGUUUUAGCGUACAAAAUGAAUGCUCGUCAAAUGGGCUUCUUUACAAUGAACGAGUGGCUCAAAGGUCUUUCAGAAUUGCAAUGUGACUCAAUUCAUAAAGUACAACACAAACUUGAAAGUCUCAGGAAUUUGUUGAAUGAUCCUCUUACAUUCAAGGGGAUUUACAGAUACGCUUACGAUUUUGCUAGGGAUAAGGAUCAACGAAGUAUGGAUAUGGAAACAGCAAGAGUAAUGUUACAAUUACUUUUAGGAAAGCAUUGGCCCCUAUUUUCUCAAUUUGCACAAUUUCUUGAUCAGUCCAAGUAUAAAGUUAUCAACAAGGAUCAAUGGUGUAACAUCUUGGAAUUUUCGCGGACAAUUAAUCAUGAUUUGUCAAAUUACGAUCUAGACGGGGCUUGGCCUGUGAUGCUUGACGAAUUUGUCGAGUGGUUGAAGGUUCAAAGAGGAAUUGUAUCAACGGAAACGCGUAUCAGCUGAAACGUCGAAUCAAAAAUGAAAGGACAAUUUUUAAAAAAAAUAUCCAUCAACGCGACAACAUUCUUCUUCUUCAUCAUCUUCUUUAUAAACUAAUUUUGUUAAUUUUGAAAUUGUUUCUGGUACCGUCGACAGUUCGUUAUCAAAUUAAUAAUUUUGUUUCUGUUUUUUUUUCUUUUUUAAAUAAUUAGAGCUUACCUUAAGUAGCUUGUGACCUAGAUAACUCGUAAAUAACUGUGAAUGACUGUGUCCAAAGUUUAAGGCUCUGCUGAUUUGUAGCUUGACAUUUGUGUUUUGUCUGUCGGUAAUAAAUCCAUCAAGUGUUUACGUAUAUCCACUUUGUAUUGUCCACACUUUAAUGUUCGUGUCGCGCAUUUAUCGAUGUAUAUUUUAUUAUCAUUAUUAUUAUAAUUAUAAUCGUCAUCAUUUUUUUUCCCGCGAUGUUGCACGAAUUCUAGAAGAAUUAGAAAAAAGACUUAGUUAUCUUCGUUCUCGGAAUUAAAAUUAUUUCGAGAGAAUUUGUAAAUAGAAAGUCAAUUGAGUGCAACAUUUUUUCAAAGAUAUACAUUUUUUUUUUUUAUACGUAAUUCAUUGUUCAUUAUUGCUUUUCGUACAUGCUUUCAAUUUAGAUUUCAUGUACACAGUCAUGCACGGUCUUCAUUACAUUUGUAUAACAAUAAAAAAAAAACAAAACAAAACAAAAAAAGCAAAAGUCGAUUUGAUACAAUAAUAUCAUUGACAUGAAACACAAUCAAAGGUUUUAGUGCAAGAAAUGCAAGCUCAAUUCUUGUAUCUCGAAAUGUAUUUCAAGAGCACAGGCCUGUUCAAUAACUAGAAACUUACAGUUAGGUAAAUUAUAUAGUGUAAUACUCUUUUUUGAAAAAGAGCGUCAGUUUUCGUUUUAUUAUUGAUCUGUAUAGUAACUACGAUGUGAUAAUGAAUUAGGAAAUCUUCGGAAGACCUUUUUUUUCUUUCGUUCUUUUUUUUUGAUGAAAAUUGAACAGUUUGAAUUUUUAUCAGUUUUUGUUAUACUUUGUGUAGAGAAAGAAAAUUUUUUUGUGAAAAAAAAACCAGAUGAAUAUUAUAUAACUGUAAGAAAGAAAAGAGAAACAUUGCGGUUCCAAUUUCGAAUAGGUCCUUUAUUUUUGUUUUCGAAAUUCGAAAUUUUAUUGUAGAACACUUGGAAGAAAAUACAGCGGAACUGAUUUCAA